AUCUCGAACAAGGAUGACAAAUAAUCAAAAUGGCGGCGCUCAGGCUACUUUUCCGGCGAGCAAGCUCGUCCAAUUUGGUCCGUUUUUCAGCUGUAAGGCAGCCCAUUGUGACUUCAACGAGAUUGUUUUGCUCAGGGGAGAAAGUCACACAUACAGGACAGGUCUAUGAUGAAGGGGACUACAGGAAAGUUAGAUUUGUUGAUAGAGAGAAAGAAGUGAAUGAACAGUUUGCAAUAGAUCUGGUCCAUGAAGAACCACCCAUAGAAAUCAAUGGUAGGAGUGUUCAUUGUGAUGGAGGUGGGGGUCCAUUAGGUCAUCCUAAAGUCUACAUCAACUUGGAUCCAUCUGGACCUCACCCCUGUGGAUACUGUGGACUGAGAUACGUCGCUGCCGGACACCAUUGACAAGAGAUGGCGCUAUAUAAAGAUAAUUUUAUUAAUUGUGUGUACAGUUAUGAAUUGAAAUGAAUAAUCCAUCAUUAGUUGUGUCAGUGAUUAUCAGUUGUAACAAUAAUCUUCAUAUCCAACUGACUCUCUUACAUGGUAAAUCUACCUAUAGCAAUGAUUGCGGUGAUUUCCACUUUACAGAGGAUAUGAAAGUUGUUGUACAUGCAUUUCAUUAUUUUAUGAAACAGAAUGUUUGAUAGACAAGAUUCAUCAUACAUAGUACUCACUUGUAUCUUGGCUUAUAGUUUUGAAAUGGGACUUGGGUAGGUAGUCCAGCACAUCAGAAUUAUGAUGGAAUUGACAUGUUAAGUUUCCAUUCGGGUAUUAAAGUCAGUCUGUCAUUACCUAAUUCUUUGUGCUUGAACAAUUGUGUUUUCAUCUGUACCGAUUAAGAAAUGCAAAGUGAUUUUAACUUCCUCUUUCAUCUGGCAUUUGUGAUUGACUAUGCGUGGGAGGGCAAUGUCAAAAUAGGUGUAAAAUACCCAUUUCAGACUUAGAAGCAAGAAAUAAUAACUACUUUAUAUUUUAAAGUUAUGCUCUUUUCAUGUGAAGAUUUAGUAAUGAAAUUAAACCACUUGGCACAUUAAAUUUGGAUUUGUAUAUAAUAUACAUGUAUGAUAA